AUGGAGAGGAUAACCACCAACCCGUUCUAUACCUCUGGAAUCCCAGUAACUGUGCCAUCACCUCUGCCUUCAGCCACCAUGGAUGAAAGCUUUCCGAGGCUUCCAGAUGCGCAGAAUGUUUUGCUGGAGAGGGAACUGAGAAGAACCCCUCUCCCGCCUCAUCAAAGUACUGUUGCUCCUAUUUGCGGGCAGUUUCACCCCAGUACUGGAUCUGUCGGGCCUUUGCGUUCGCCCCCGGCUGUAAGGUUCUCUUCAGUUCUGAACCCUGAGCAAUACAGCGGUGCCAAUCCUUACAUUUCUCAGACGCCAAGCACUGGAAGUUCUUCUGCGAUGAUUUAUGGAUCACACCAUGAAGGCUUUGAACCUACUUUUAAUGAUUUUCCAAGAGAUGUUGGACCAACGUGGUGCCCUGAUCCAGUUGAGAGCAUGCUUGGAUUCUCCGAUGAUGUCCCUGUUGGAAACAAUUUGGCUGGCAUCAGUCCUAUUGCAGCUACAGAUGAGCUUGCUAAGCAGACUGAAUGGUGGACGGAUUUCAUGAAUGACGACUGGAAGGACAUUGCUGACAACGCAGGUGCGGCUAAAACUCAACCACAGGCUGGACCGCCUGUGCAAUCAUCGAUUUCAGUUCACCAAUCAGCCAGUCAGCAAGCUGGUACAACUUCAGUUCACCAACCAGCCCUCCAGCAAAUAGUUACAACUCAAUCUAUAGAAUCAUCUGUAGUUGCUGCACCCUCACCCUCUGCCAGCUCCAACACCUCCAAGACACGCAUGAGGUGGACUCCUGAACUUCAUGAGCGUUUUGUGGACGCUGUCAAUCUGCUUGGUGGCAGUGAAAAAGCUACUCCAAAGGGGGUGCUAAAGCUAAUGAAGGCAGAUAAUUUGACCAUUUAUCAUGUAAAAAGUCAUCUUCAGAAGUACAGAACUGCCCGAUAUAGACCAGAAUUAUCUGAAGGUACAUCAGAAAGGUUGGAAGCCUCAAAAGAGGAGUUGCCAUCUAUAGACCUUAAAGGGAAUUUUGAUCUGACUGAAGCAUUACGUCUCCAGUUAGAACUUCAAAAGCGGCUCCAUGAACAGCUUGAGGUACAAAGAAGUCUGCAGCUGAGAAUCGAGGAGCAAGGGAAGUGCCUUCAGAUUAUGAUCGAGCAGCAAUGCAAUCCUGCUGCAGACAAGGCGCUGGAUGCGUCAACCUCGGUAGAAGGAUCAAAGUUAUCUUGUGACCCCCCAGAAUCUUCUACCGGAAAGGAUGUUCCAAGCAGCAGUCAAAAUGGAACAACCGAGCAAGCAGGUAUUAGACAUGGACAGAAGUCUUUUGUAUGUUUGCUAUACCAAUCUUAA